AGUUAGAGCCUCUCUUCAUGACCGUAGGUAGGCGUAGUCUUCGAUCAAUAAAUAGAACUCUUGAAGAGAAGGCUACGCUGAGGACAUAAACAUCAACCAAGCGGACGCUAAGCGGGGAAAACCAAGAAAGAUGUCCAACGAUUCCUCUCUACCAAACGAUUCCUCUCCACCUUCUUCUCGAGGAUCUUCUACUUCCAGUUCUCAACAUCACCUGGUUUUUCGAGCCUUCAACGCAGCCGGCGAAUGCGUUCCACUAGAAUUUGGAGAGUGGAGAGUUGUGAAGAACGGUG